UCCCUUGCUUCUCAUUUUUUCUUCCUUCUCAUUUUCUAGUUUCUACACAAUAUAGGUAUGGGUAAACUAGUAAUUUUAGGUACCCAGCCCCUUCAUCUCAUCAACAUCCAAAAGAGUCGUAUCAUUUAAACGUUAUCCUCAUCGCUUUAUGGCGUCUUCGCUCCGCCUUCAUCUGCCAUUCCGCUCUGCCUGCAACCGUUCCGCCGCCUUUAACCCCAUCGGAAAUCCUAGAUGCUAUACUACAGUUCGAUGCGGUCCGAGAGACAACCGUGGUCCGCUUUACAAAGGCCGAACGCUGAGCAUAGAGGCAAUACAAGCCGUUCAAUCACUCAAACGAUCACACCGUUCAGAUCCCACCAAUAAUGAUACCGUUUCCAAAACUCUAUCUCGUCUCGUCAAAUCCGACCUCGUCGCCGCCUUCAACGAGCUCCUCCGUCAAGAUCAGUUCGACCUAGCUCUCAAAGUCUUCUCCGCCAUCAGAUCUGAGGACUGGUACAAAACCGACCUAUCUCUGUACGCGAAGCUGGUGGCGUCGAUGGCGACUAAAAGAAUGACGGAUGAUAUUGACAAUCUGAUCCUCGACAUAGAAGUGGAUGACGUGGUUUCAUCUGAUUCGAAGGGACUCAUAACGCUUAUCAAGGCGUUGCUUGCUGCUGACAGGGCUGAAUCGACGGUCAGGAUAUAUGAGAUGAUGAAAUCCGGCGGGUGGAAUUGUAAUUCUCCAUCGAAUGAUUAUGUAGGUAAGGUUUUGAGUAGGGGAUUGAGGAGAUUAGGGAAGAAGAAGGUAGCUGAUGAGAUAGAUUCAGAAAUUGGGAGGGUGUCGGGUGGUAUUUCGGAAAAGAUGGUGGUUUAAAUUGUAAAAUUGGUAUGGAGAAUAUAGGCAUCACAUUUUAGUCACCCAAAUUACAUUAUCAGGUCUAGAAAUGCACACAAUUUUGAAUUUUCA